AUGUCUCUCCAGGGAGCAGAGGCUGAGGAGGAGCAGGAGGCCGAGCCUGAGGAGGAGGAAGAGACUGAGCUGCUGGAGGAGGAUGAAGGAGAGCAGCAAGAGUACCAAGAUCAAGAUGCCCAGGAGGAAGAGGAGGAGCGCCCCAAACCCAAGCCUAUGGUGCCUCAACUUGCUCCUCCAAAGAUCCCUGAGGGAGAGAGGGUGGAUUUUGAUGACAUCCACAGGAAGCGUAUGGAGAAGGACUUACUGGAGCUGCAUACUCUGAUCGAUGUCCACUUUGAGCAGAGGAAGAAGGAUGAGGAAGAACUGAUCGGCCUCAAAGAUCGAAUUGAGCGUCGCCGAUCAGAGAGAGCUGAGAUCCAGAGGGUUAGAGCUGAGAAGGAGAAGGACAGACAGAACAGGAUUGCGGAGGAGCGUCACAGAAAAGAGGAAGAGGAGGCCAAGAAGAAGGCUGAUGACGAGGCCAAGAAGAAGAAAGUGCUUUCUGGCAUGGGAGCAAACUUUGGAGGCUUCCUGGCCAAGGCUGAGUCGAGGAAGGGCAAGCGUCUGACGGGCAGAGAGAUCAAAAGGAAGACUCUGGUUGAUAGAAAGCAGCCCCUAGGCAUCGACAAUUUGAGGGAGGAUGCGCUCAAGCAACGGGCCCAGGACAUGUGGAACUGGAUCUACCAGCUGGAGUCCGAGAAGUUUGACUUGAUGGAGCACAUGAAACACCAGAAAUACGAGAUCAUCGUGCUGCUGAACAGGAUCCAACAUGCUCAGAAAUUUAAAAAGGGCCAUGGCAAAGGGAAGGUGGGUGGUCGCUGGAAGUAAAGGAGGAAAAUACGGAAAAGAGAAAACAAAAAUACACUGAAUAGAAAAAAAGGGGGUAGCAGUAUAGGAAUGAAGGAAUGCCACAUGGUCUCUCCGUGGUCUUGUAGUGCCAGAGCCACUGUAUUAGGCCUUCCCUGUAUGUGUGAAAGAUAUUGAAUAUUUCUUGAUA